GCCCCCUACUCCGCAUCUACCGAGCCCUCCCGGGUCCGGGCGCUGGUCUAUGGGCACCACGGGGACCCAGCCAAGGUCGUCGAUUCAUAUGGCAUCACAGGUGUACAGCCUUGGCCUCAAAGGAGCCAUUGUGACCUUAUCCAGUCUGGGAUCUGUUGAGUGAAGACAGUGGCAUCCCUCCGAGUUGCAUGGCGCCAUUACACUCACAGGGGAAGGCCGUGAACAGUCCCGGGGAAGUGACUUGAGAUCUAGCCAGACUGUGUUUGGGUGCCUCAUUUGCACUCCAGAACACAGCCACCGGUUCCUUUGCUCGUUUGGAGGGAAAACCUGAUCUACAGUGAAGUUUUUAUUUGGUCAUUAUUCAUCCCACUUAGUGUGAAUAUUCAUACAUUUUGCUGCAGAAACAAUGUGUCUGAUCACAGAGUGCUGCCCCAACCCCGACAGGGGGUUGUAGAUAAUACGCGGUCUGAACUCUGACAUUCUGACGUACAUCUCACCCGCAGUUUUAGAAAAGGAAUGUGAACUUAGACCUGUUGUGAUCAAUUGAAAGAAAUGUAUGAAAAGACUUCAUGAACUAAACCGUGAAAAACUCAACCCAUAAAAUCAGAAUAAUGGCAGAAAGCUGGCAUGGAAAGCACUUCAGAGUGCCUCAGUGACUGAAGAACCUGGAGCUAGCUGCUGUGGGUGGAUCAGACGUCCAUGUGAAGAUGCUGGCGGCCCCUAUCAAUCCAUCUGACAUAAAUAUGAUCCAAGGAAAUUAUGGCCUCCUUCCCAAGCUGCCUGCUGUUGGAGGGAACGAAGGCGUUGGACAGGUGGUGGCAGUGGGCAGCAGUGUGACUGGGGUGAAGCCAGGAGACUGGGUGAUUCCAGCCAGUGCCGGUUUGGGAACCUGGCAGACAGAGGCUGUGUUCAGUGAGGAAGCACUGAUCAGCAUUCCGCGUGACCUCCCUCUUCAGAGUGCUGCCACCCUGAGUGUCAAUCCCUGCACGGCCUACAGGAUGUUGAUGGACUUCGAGCAGCUGCAGCCAGGAGACUGUGUCAUCCAGAAUGCGUCCAACAGUGGAGUGGGGCAAGCAGUCAUCCAGAUCGCCGCGGCCCUGGGCCUGAGGACCGUCAAUGUGGUCCGAGACAGACCUGACCUCCAGAAGCUGACUGACAGACUGAAGAGUCUAGGGGCUGAGCAUGUUCUCACAGAAGAGGAGCUAAGAAAGCAUGAGAUGAAAAACUUCUUUAAGGACAUGCCCCCGCCGCGGCUUGCUCUCAACUGUGUUGGCGGGAAAAGCGCCACAGAGCUGCUGCGACACUUAGCGCCUGGGGGAACCAUGGUGACCUACGGGGGAAUGGCCAAGCAGCCCGUCAUAGCCUCUGUGAGCCAGCUCAUUUUUAAGGAUCUCAAACUUCGAGGCUUUUGGUUGUCCCAGUGGAAGAAGGACCACAGUCCAGCCCAGUUCAAGGAGCUGAUCGUCACGCUGUGUGGUCUCAUCAGCCGGGGCCAGCUCACAGCCCCCGCCUGCUCCGAGGUCCCACUGCAGGACUACCAGCGUGCCUUGGAAGCCUCAGUGCAGCCCUUCGUGUCUUCAAAGCAGAUUCUCACCAUGUGCUAAUCGCGGAGGAGCGGAGCGAGGUGGGAGGGGAGAUGGAUCGGCAGGACUGGUUUCUGGCGCCUCCGUCAGGGCCCUCUCAGCCUUCCCCAGGCUGCCCUCUCCUCACUGUCACUUGCGACUGGGAGGGUUGUGAAGCCAGCCAAGGCUUUCCCCAGGGCCAGCCCCAGGGUAUCUAAUAAAGUGAACUUCCUAAAAACACAUA